GCUCACUGCCAACCUCCCAACUCGAGCACUCUCCGAACGCCCGCCCUUCUUAUCGAGAGGGACCGCGUCGCUGCUCGUUGGUCUUCUUGUUGAUUGAGUUGUUGUGCUCGUUGUUGUUGUUGUUGACGCUGCUGCUCGUCGGUCGAAAAGCACGAACAGGGAAGCCGUAGGAGAGCUCGGAAUCCAGCGCAAUGGCAGCCGCAGCGUCGAGUAUGUUGGCGAUGGUGGCAGCGCCCGCCGCGGGGCUGAGCAGCAACGUUAGCCAGACCAGGGUGCAGAUCAGGCGCGUAGGAGCUGCGAGGUUCCCCAGGUUCACCAUCCGGGCCGCCGAUGCCCCCGCGGAGCCCGCCGCGGCUGCCCCCGCUGCCGCGCCCGAGAAGGCCGCCCCUCCCCCACCCUUCGGCCCCAAGCGUGGAUCCACUGUGAAAAUCAUGCGCCCGGAAUCUUACUGGUUCAACGAGACCGGAACCGUCGUCUCGGUUGAUCAGACCCCAGGACUGAGAUACCCAGUGGUCGUGCGAUUCACGAAAUGCAACUACGCCGGUGUGAACACUAACAACUACGGUAUCGAUGAGGUUUCAUCUGUGUAGAGAUAGCACUGAGGUGCUUGUGGUUCAAUUUUUGAGCCAUGUGCCUUGUACAGCCUUGAGAAGAAGCACGAAAUUCUAGAGAUUUGUUACAGUCAAAAAGGAUGGUCAUGGUAGUGUCUGAAGCCUCUUGGCGAUCAUGCGUUUUGACGUGAACUGGAUGAUCGAGUGGCCGAGGCACUAUGCGUGCCUGAGCCACGAGAUUUGAUGCAGCUUUGUAAAAGUAAGAUCUUUUAUGCUACGGCCUCUCUAUUACUCGACGAAAAAACUUAAUUCCUUUCACCACGUGUAUCCGCCUCAUGAAUGUGACUUAUAAAUGC